GAUGAAGUUGAUGAUGGAACUUGAAUUUGCUGUUGUUUGCUCUAGGUUGUUGCAAUCAAGCAACUUGAUCGUAAUGGUCUUCAAGGGAUCAAGGAGUUUGUUGUUGAAGUGGAGACAUUAAGUAAGGCUGACCAUCCAAAUCUUGUUAAAUUGAUAGGAUAUUGUGCCGAGGGUAACCAGAGACUGUUGGUUUAUGAGUACAUGCCAUUAGGAUCUUUAGAAAACCAUCUACAUGGUAUGUGAUUUCUCAACCUUCUUCCCUAUUUCUCUACCAGUAUCAUCAAUUAUUCGAAAUCUUUCUUUUGCCUUGUUUAUUCUUUGUCAUGGCUACAGAUCUUCCACCUGAUGGAAAACCACUUGAUUGGAAUACAAGGAUGGAAAUAUCAGCUAGUGCUGCACGGGGUUUAGAGUAUUUGCAUUUGAAAAUGAAACCCCCUAUAAUAUACCGUGAUGUGAAAUGCUCCAAUAUUUUGCUUGGUGAGCAAUAUCAUGCCAAACUAUCUGAUUUUGGUUUGGCCAAAGUGGGUCCUAGUGGAGACGAAACUCAUGUUUCUACAAGGGUUAUGGGCACAUAUGGUUACUGUGCUCCAGAUUAUGCAAUGACUGGCCAGCUAAAUUUUAAGUCAGAUAUUUUUAGCUUUGGUGUUGUACUUUUGGAGCUAAUCACUGGUAGGAAAGCAAUUGACAAUACAAGAGAGAAAAAGGAGCAAAAUCUUGUUGAAUGGGUAAGAUCAAGCUCAAUUAUCUCUUUCUACUUGCUAUAUUGGGCGUUUCGCUUAGUUAAAAAAUAUUCAAUUUUGUUGUUAUAAUAGAUUGUUGUGCUGUCCAAAUAUUCUCCUUGUUGGCUUUUUGGUAUAGGUGUAUUAAGAAAUAAAAGUUCCCAUCUAGGGCGCGAUCUAACUGAUUUUAUUGCCUUUGUCUAGUUUGUAUUUCCUUUUCAUGCUUGCCCUGUUUUUGAAUUUUAGAUUUCACCGAAGGGCCAUACUGGACCAUUUUUUUUUGUUAGUUAAUUUUCCCAGCCUUCUAUCCACAGUGAUAAUCUGCAAUGGAGGUAACAAACUCAUUUGGUGAUGCUACUGUAGUUGGUAAAUCCAAGGUGGCCCCUCUGCAUUGUGCACAAACUACAUCAUGAACUUUUAUAUGCAAAUUUCAAUUGAAGUUUGACAUGCAUGCAUGAGUGCCUGUGCACCCAUGCAAACCCCUUUUCUUUUUUCUUAUUUAAAAAUAAUGGUCAUUUUGCUGUCCCUAAACCUUUCCUUCUGUAGUUUGCAACAGCACUAUUUAAUUUCCAUGGCUUCAAUCUUUCUCUCAUAUAUUCAUCAAACUUAUUUAGGGUCAUGAUGGUUUUGUAACUGUAGUGAAAUUGAUUUCCUUUAUUCUGCAAGAAAUGACUUUCCUUCCU